UAAGUUUAUUCCCAAAUAAUUUUUGUGCUACAUCCUCAAAAGAAGAAUAGAGAGCGUCUUGUGUCCCUGAUGAUGUAAUGGCUCUAACUGCUGAUUGGAGCAUUGGGCUGCUCAGGAUAGGAUAAAAGGAAUUGGCCGGUUUGACAAGCGGGAUAUCUUCUUCCUCUUCAUCCUCACCUUUGAUCCAUCAAGAAGGCCAAGAGAGAGCAAGGAGUAGAGCCAUUGAACACCCAAGGGUGUUAUGCGAAAUGGGUAAAGGAUGACCAACGUAACCGCCAUCCCUUUUUUUGACUUAACAGGACUGAGUCACAUGAGGCAGAAGCUCCGAGUUGUUUUGUUCUCUGUCACUUUGCUGUGCUACUGCGUGAUUUUGCUGGUCAAUGGCGUUCUUAUUGUCACCAUCAUUCGUGAGAAAAAACUCCACAAACCCAUGUACUUUUUCCUGUGCAAUCUAUGCAUUAAUAGUCUUUAUGGGACGGCUGCUUUUUACCCCAAAUUCCUGUAUGAUUUAUUGUCUAAUAACCACAUGAUAUCUUAUGUUGGUUGUCUUCUGCAGGUUUUUGUUAUUUAUUCCUACGCAGCGACAGAUUUUAGCAUUUUAGCGGUGAUGGCUUAUGACCGAUAUGUGGCCAUAUGUCGACCGCUGGAGUAUCACUCCAUCAUGACUAAAUGCAGGGUGGUGAUGUUGGUGGCCUUCUCCAGACUUGUACCCUUGUUCAGCCAGGGCACGGUGUUGAUAAUGACCUCCAGACUCAAACUGUGUGGUUCCUACAUCCACAAACUGUACUGCGAGAACUGGGCCAUCCUGAAACUGUCCUGCAAUUCCAUAACAACUAACAAUAUUGUCGGUUUCAUUUUUAUAUUAUUUUACUUUGGACAUGAUAUUUUCAUUAUUGUUUCCUAUGUCCAGGUGAUUAAAUUAGCUUUUCGGUCCAAAGAUGGGAAGAAGAAGUUCACUCAGACUUGUGUGCCACAUCUGCUGUGUUUGCUGAACGUGUCGGUGGCUUUGCUCUUUGACCUGAUGUACGCACGAUACGGAACCGAAUCCAUGACUCAGAGUGUUAGGAACUUCAUGGCCAUCCAGUUUCUCAUGAUUCCACCUUUACUCAACCCCAUUAUUUAUGGCCUGAAACUGACAAACGUCCGUAAUAAUAUUUUUAAAUAUUUCACAAGGAAAAGAAUGCUUUAA